GAUGGCAAACACCAGCAAGACAGACAAGUUCCAGCUACACGUUCCAAAUCUCGAGGAAUUAUGUCAGGUGCUGCAGUCAGGACUGAAUAAGAAUUUUUCUGAUGUAAAAGUGUCUGUCACUGACUGUCCAGAUCUUACACAAGAGCCUUUUGGGUUUCCUGUCAAGGGCCUGUGUGGCAAACCUCGUAUUACUGAUGUGGGAGGCGUACCCUAUCUGAUUCCUCUGGCCAAACCGGACAAGGUGUACAACAUGAACACUGUGUCCAAGGAGGUGGAGCUGCCUGGUGGAUUUUUUCUUGGUGCUGGUGCUGUUUCCUGCAAGACAGUCGGGAUGAAUGGAGAGUUAAUGCCUCUGGUGCUGACUGAAGCUGAAGGAAGACCUGCAGUGAAUGCCAGUUAUUUUUCAUCCAUCAACCCAGUGGAUGGAAACUGUCUGCAGGAGAAAUACAGCGACAGGUUCCAUGACUGUGACUUUGGCCUCCUUGGAAACCUUUAUGCAUGUGAGGGCAAACCUGGAAAGGUCAUUGAGGUGAGAGCCUGCAGAAGGACUGGAGAGGACAGUCUUGUGAGCUGCAUGAGAAAGACCAUGGAAGAAUGUUAUGGGGAGAAGAGCAUGGCCUUGGGGGGAACUUUCGUUAUACAGAAGGGGAAGGCAAAGAUCCAUAUCAUGCCGCUUGAAUUCUCCGCCUGCCCUCUAAACUCCAUUGAGGAUGUCAGUAACUGGCUCAGACAUUUUGAAGUCAGUGCUCCACUGAUCUUUCAAACUGUCAUGGUGUCCCGAGACCCAGGUCUUGACCUGAGAGUGGAGCAUACGCAUGGCUUCAGUCACCAUGGUGAGGGGGGCCAUUACUACAUAGACACCACCCCAAACACAGUGGAGUACCUGGGAUACUUCCUGCCCGCUGAGUUUAUCUACCGUAUCGACCGACCCACAGAGACACACAAUAUUGGCCAGGAUUAAAGUAUUGACAGUUUAUAUUUGUUUUUGCAUUUAAUAAGCUAUAAUUAAUUGUACCGUUUACCGGGAGCACUUUAUAUUGAUGAAUAGUAAAUAAAUAAAAUACGUA